GCACAAAGAACCCCCCCGGUUCAGCCGCUUCUUCCCUGCGACAGCGACGCGUCCCUCCCAUCUCUCUGCGUCACCACCAUCCACCACUCCCACUGCACUAAACACUGGAACACUUCCCCCUCGCGCGCCACCACCAUAAAAUCCACCACGAACCGGCCGAAACCUCACUCGCGAAUCCAACACAAAAACCCAUCACCACACUCGCAUCACAUGCGAGCAUAGGCCCCCGGUAGCAAGUCGCAAUCACCACCAUGCCGCCGCCGCUCGUUUGUCUCCUCCUCCUCCUUUUCUUGCUUGCCGUGCCGCGGCCGUCGUCUGUCGCCGCUGAGGUGUCGAGGCCGGGCGGGAAGCCUCAUGUGUUCCCACUGCGGGCGCGGCAGGUGCCAGCGGGGGUGCUACCGCGGCCCCCGAGCAAGCUGCGGUUCCACCACAACGUCAGCCUCACCGUCUCCCUCUCCGUCGGCACGCCGCCGCAGAACGUCACCAUGGUGCUCGACACCGGCAGCGAGCUCUCCUGGCUGCUCUGCGCGCCUGGCCUCCAGGGAGGAGCCGCCAGGGGCGAGUCGUUCCGCCCGAGAGCCUCGGCCACCUUCGCCGCCGUGCCCUGCGGCUCCGCGCAGUGUCGCUCCCGGGACCUGCCGGCGCCGCCGUCCUGUGACGGGGCCACGCGCCAGUGCCGCGUGUCGCAGUCCUACGCGGACGGGUCCACCUCCGACGGAACGCUCGCGACAGACGUCUUCCGCGUCGGCGACGCGCCGCCGCUGCGGUCCGCGUUCGGCUGCAUGGCCACCGCGUACGACUCCUCCUCCGACGGCGUCGCGACGGCCGGGCUGCUGGGCAUGAACAGGGGUGCCCUCUCCUUCGUGUCGCAGGCGAGCACACGCAGCUUCUCGUACUGCAUCUCCGACCGCGACGACGCCGGCGUGCUGCUGCUCGGCCACAGCGACCUCCCCUUCCUGCCGCUCAACUACACGCCCCUGUACCAGCCAACUCUGCCGCUCCCUUACUUCGACCGCGUGGCCUACUCCGUCCAGCUCCUCGGAAUCCGCGUCGGCGGUAAACCCCUGCCCAUCCCAGCAUCCGUGCUCGCGCCGGACCACACUGGCGCCGGGCAGACGAUGGUGGACUCUGGCACGCAGUUCACCUUCCUCCUAGGGGACGCCUACUCCGCCCUGAAAGCCGAAUUCUUGACACAGACCCGCCCCAUCCUCCCCGCGCUCAACGACCCCAACUUCGCAUUCCAGGAAGCGUUCGACACCUGCUUCCGCGUGCCCGGGGGGCAGUCCGCGCCGUCGGCGAGGCUCCCGGCCGUGACGCUGCAGUUCAAGGGCGCGGAGAUGGUGGUGGCGGGGGACAGGCUGCUGUACAAGGUCCCCGGCGAGCGGCGCGGGGGCGACGGCGUGUGGUGCCUGACGUUCGGGAAUGCGGACAUGGUUCCCCUCACGGCGUACGUGAUUGGGCACCACCACCAGAUGAACGUGUGGGUGGAGUACGACUUGGAGCGCGGCCGCGUCGGGCUCGCGCCCGUCAAGUGCGACGUCGCCAGCCAGCGCCUCGGCCUGAUGCUGUGACGCCGCUUUGGCCCACCGUAACCGCUCCUAGGCCGGGGUUGGUUCCUCUAGGGCCGGGAGGAACCGCCGCCUAUAACCUUAACCAGCCAAACGCUUCUGGGUUUGGAACUUGUAUCACCACUGCGCACUGGUGGUGCCUGGUGCGUGUGGCAUACUGGCAUGUACAGUUUGUAGUGGAAACUCGAAGCUGAGUGUGUCAUGUCUUCUCUCUUUCUUUGACUGAGCGAGUAGGGUUUUGAAUGUAAAGAUCGACAUGUACAUUAUGUGUAGCACCGAGAUAGGCAAUUAAGGGUGAAUAUGUGUUUUAAUAAAUUUCUUUCGAAA